AUGCUUAAGAGAGCAAAGCUUGGGCAUUGUAUUUUUAAGAAGCUACUACACCCAUUCCCCAAUACUCUUGCUGUUUCAUCUAGUGCAUAUGGGAGUAGAGUGAGUUUUGUUCACGACAGGGCUAAUGGUAGUAAUGAGGCAAAAUCUGAAACCGAAUGGGAGCGAUUACUUAAACCCUUUGACCUUGAGGAGCUUCGUAGAUCGUUCAAUAAAAUUACUCCAUUCCAGCUGAAUAAAUUGCUUCAGCUCCCACUGGACGUGCACACGUUAAUGGAUUUGUUUCAGUGGGCAGGUAGCCAGAAAGGUUAUCGUCAUACUUUUGACGUCUACUAUAAUCUCAUAGACAAAUUCGGGUCCGUGAAGGAAUUCAAAGUCAUUGAUACAUUGCUUUUGCAGAUGAAAGCCGAAGGAAUUGUUCCAAACGAGUCCCUUUUUAUCAUGAUCAUGAGGCAUUAUGGGAGGGCCGGCUUGCCAGGUCAGGCCACCAGGCUACUAUUUGACAUGAGGACUACAUUCUCGUGUGAACCCACCUUCAAAUCGUACAAUGUUGUCUUGGAUGUCCUGUUAUCCGGUAACUGCCCCAAAGUCGCCCCAAAUGUUAUUUACGAGAUGCUGAGCAAGGGCAUAUCACCUACCGUUUUCACUUUUGGGAGAGUAAUGAAAGCUCUUUGUAUUGUGAACGAAGUCGAUUCCGCUUGUUCUCUUCUUAGGGACAUGACUAGGCACGGGUGUGUGCCGAACUCAAUAGUGUACCAAACGCUCAUACACGCACUGUCUGUGGCUUCUCGAGUGAAUGAUGCCUUGAAGCUACUGGAGGAGAUGUUCCUCAUGGGGUGCACGCCGGACGUGAACACUUUCAAUGACGUUAUAAUCGGGCUCUGCCGUGUUGACCGCAUUCAAGAGGCCACCAAGCUAGUUGACCGGAUGCUUGUCAGGGGUUUUUCCCCCGAUGAUAUAACUUACGGGGUUCUAUUGGGGGGGCUGUGCAGGACGGGUCAGUUAGACGAAGCAAGAUUGCUGCUGAAGAAAGUGCCAAACCCUAAUGUUGUCCUGUUCAAUACUUUGAUCAACGGGUACGUGUCAAAUGGGCAAUUUGAAGAAGCAAAGGUAGUAUUUGACGAGAGUGUUGCUUGUGGCGUUUUCAAACCAGAUAUAUAUAGCUAUAACAUUCUUAUUCAUGGACUCUGCAAGAAGGGGCUGCUAUCCUCUGCUCGUCGAGUGGCGGACGAGAUAUUGCUUAAGGAUUGCGAGCCGAAUGUUGUAACUUACACCAUUUUAAUCGACGGUUUUUGUAAGAAAGGCCGGCUUGGGGAAGCUAGAGACAUCAUAUAUGAGAUGUCGAGUAAAGGUCUGUGCCUGAAUACAGUGGGGUACAACUGCCUAAUUUCGGCUUUAUGCAGGGAUGGGCAAGUGGAUGAGGCUCUGGAGCUUUUCGGAAACAUGCCUGACAAAGGAUGUAAACCCGACAUUUGCACAUUCAAUUCCUUGAUUCAUGGGCUGACCAAAACCGACAAGAUGGAGGAGGCUCUACGGAUGUACCGGGACAUGUUCCUGGACGGUGUCAUUGCUAAUACAGUGACUUACAACACGUUGAUCCAUGCUUUCCUCAGAAAACGGGGGACCCACGAAGCAUUUAAGCUCGUGAAUGAUAUGUUGUUUCGGGGCUGCCAUCUGGAUGAGUUCACUUACACUGGACUUAUAAAAGCUCUUUGCAAGGAUGGAGAGGUGGAGAAAGCUUUGGGACUCUUUGAGGAAAUGUUUCGGAAAGGGAUGAAUGCUAAUAACCUAUCUUGCAAUAUACUGAUCAGUAGUUUGUGUAGAGCCGGUAAGAUGCAGGCUGCACUUGAGUUUUUGAGGGAGAUGGUACACAAAGGACUGAAACCUGAUGUGGUCACCUAUAACAGCAUCAUAACUGGUCUGUGCAAGAUGCAGAGAGUGCAGGAAGCAUAUAGCAUAUUUGAGAAGUUAAAGAGUGAGGGAAUUUGUCCGGAUAUCGUCACUUAUAAUAUAUUGAUUGGUUCUUACUGCAAAGCAGACCUGUUUGAAGAAGCGUAUGCGCUUCUGGAUAGAGGGGUGGCUAGUGGGUUGAAGCCUAAUAAUGUGACUUGGCACGUAUUGGUUACUAAUAUGUUGAGAAAAGGGUUGAGGAGGUUCGGGCAUUUGGAAUAUGCUGAUUACCAAUUCAUUGAGAUGGGUGUUGGAUGA